AUGGCGGCUCCCGAGGUCGAGGCACAGGAAAUAGUCUUCCGUACAGCAGGGCCGCCCACAGGCUCGGAGCCGCGCCCCCUCCCGCCCAGCUCCCGGAAGUUUCCUUUUGAAAGCACGGCGGCAAGCUCUACCGAGGGCUGGGCGGUUGCUGCGGAGCAUCUUUUGAAAGGGGACGAAGAGGACUGCGGGCCGGAGCAACCGGCGCCGGGGGACCAGCCAAGCCAGCUGGACGAGAUGGCCAGUGCUAAGACAGUGUGCGACGCUCAACCCCACUUGCUGCCGAGGGGCGGCUUGCCCGCAGAUGCACAAACUCGAGUUACUUCUAAACUACCUGUUAAAUCCAAAGAACUUGAUGUGUAUAGACACCUUCACCCAGGAGGUUCAGAGCCGGAUGUUACGAAAGUCACCAAACCAAGACACGAGAGCGGGCUGGUGAAAGCUGCAGAGACCGCCAGCAGGAGCAACAUCAAAAAGGGCUCCAAGCUGCUGCCUAAGCAAAAGCCAGAGGAGGAACUAAAAGACCAAAACCAGGUCCUGGAGGCCAUCAACAAGCAGUUACACCAGAAGCUGGCGGAGACUCAGGGAGAACUGAAGGACCUAACGCAGAAAGUGGAACUACUGGAGAAGUUUCAGGAUAACUGCUUAGCGAUUUUGGAGAGCAAUGGCCUCAACCCAGGCAGCGAGACCCUGGCCUCACAGCAGAAACCCACCACAGAUCACGAGGACUCCACGCUGCUGCUAGAAACUCUGCAAGAUGAACUGAAGGUUUUCAUUGAAACUGCCAAGAAGCAGAUGGAAGAGCUGCAGGCCUUGAAGGUGAAGUUGAAGUUGACAGAAGAAGAAAGGAGCCAGUUCCUGGAACAACAAAACUUAUGUAAGGACCAAGCCAGUGACUUCACAGUAGUCCUGGAGGAAAUGGAGCAACUUUUAGAAAUGUAAUGCAAGCAAACGGCCAGAAGGCUUCCUUCGUCCUGGGGAAAGCUCUCCCAGGAAGCCACUUAGGAUAUAUUCCGCGUUGCCAUCCCUU